AUGCUCUUCGAAUACGUGUGCGGAGGAGAACUUUUCUCUUAUCUCAGGAACGCAGGAAGAUUCACCAGUUCCACAGGAAAUUUCUACAGUUCAGAAAUAGUUUCAGCUCUAGAAUAUUUGCACUCCAAGAGCAUAGUAUACAGGGACCUGAAGCCGGAGAACCUGCUUCUAGACAAGGAUGGUCACCUGAAAAUCACAGAUUUUGGCUUUGCAAAAAAGCUCUCUGACAGGACGUGGACGCUGUGUGGUACUCCAGAGUAUUUAGCUCCAGAAAUAAUCCAGAGCAAAGGACAUAACAAAGCCGUAGAUUGGUGGGCAUUAGGUAAGCAAGAUACACGGAUUAUUCCGAGCUGA